GGUCGCAACAAGGAAGUGAAUUCGGAGGUAGAAAGUAACUGCUGCUGCGCUCUUGUUUCAGCUCAAGCUUUGUGAUGGCAGUGGAUUGGAUCGGAUUCGGCUAUGCUGCAGCCAUCGCCUUUGGAGGAUUUAUGGGAUACAAGAGAAAAGGCAGUGUGAUGUCCUUGAUGGCUGGUUUAGUUUUUGGUGGAUUAUCAGCUUAUGGUGCAUACAACGUCUCCAAUGACUCAAAGGACAUCAAGGUCUCAUUGUUGGCCUCGGGACUCCUCUCAGUUGUGAUGGGAAUGAGAUACAAAAAAUCUGGAAAACUGCUGCCUGCUGGGAUCAUGUCAGGCCUGAGUUUGUUGAUGGUGUUUCGGCUGUUGCUGCUCAUCCUGGUGUGACUGCUGGAACAACAAUGACCCGAUGGAGGGAUCUCUGUCUCUCUAUGAACAAGCCUUGUUUUAAAGGAAACAUUCCCAGUUAGCAUACUAAAACUUCUGUUUUGUGUGGUAAAUUUGCUUUCAUGUGACUAGAAAUUUCACAAAAUCUACCUACAGAUUUAAGAUGAUGUUGUAUAUGAACGUAAAUCUCAUGAUUUGACAUUAAUUUCCAUGUUAUAUUAUUACCACAGGUUUACACACUCACAGUGCUGAAAGCACAGCAGGCAUACGUAAGUUUUGUGGGUGCUAUUGUUUGUCUUGGCAGGGGUUUACAGUAUACGCUAUAACAUUGGUUUAACUAUCAACCUUUGUACACUGGAAGAUUCAAAGUAAUGAUAAAAGGAUAAAAUUUGUACUCUUCACUGCUCACAUUCUAUGUUUUUAUGUCUGUUAUUUUUUUUAAUACCAGUAAAACUAAAUAAAUGAAUGUGAUUCUCA